CGCAGAGGCGGAAGCGGCGGCGCGGCCAUGGCGGCGGCGGGCGUGGGGCAGCAGUGGGUGCUGGUGGAGAUGGUCCAGGCCUUCUACGAGGCUCCUGCUUACCAUCUCAUUUUAGAAGGAAUUCUAAUUCUAUGGAUAAUCAGACUUCUUUUCUCCAAGACAUACAAGCUUCAAGAACGAUCUGAUCUAACACUUAAGGAAAAAGAGGAGUUGAUUGAAGAAUGGCAGCCAGAGCCUCUUGUUCCUCCUGUGCCAAAAGAUCACCCAGCUCUCAAUUACAACAUYGUUUCAGGUCCUCCCACCCAUAUAAUCACUGUUAAUGGCAAGGAAUGUAUAAACUUUGCAUCAUUUAACUUCCUUGGACUUCUGAAUAAUGAAAAGGUUAAGAGUGCAGCCCAGGCAUCUCUGAAGAAAUAUGGUGUUGGCACUUGUGGACCCAGAGGAUUCUAUGGUACUUUUGAUGUGCACUUAGAAUUAGAAGAACGGCUAGCAAAAUUCAUGAGGACAGAGGAAGCUAUUAUAUACUCAUAUGGAUUUGCAACAAUUGCCAGUGCUAUCCCUGCAUAUUCGAAAAGAGGGGACAUUGUGUUUGUAGAUGAAGCUGCCUGCUUUGCUAUUCAGAAGGGAUUACAAGCAUCUCGUAGUAACAUCAAGUUAUUUAAGCAUAAUGAUAUGGCUGACCUUGAACGACUGUUGAAAGAACAAGAGACUGAAGAUCAAAAGAAUCCUCGCAAGGCUCGUGUAACUCGAAGGUUUAUUGUAGUGGAAGGGUUGUAUAUGAACACAGGAGACAUUUGCCCUCUUCCAGAAUUGAUUAAAUUGAAGUAUAAAUACAAAGUUAGAAUAUUUUUGGAGGAGAGCCUUUCCUUUGGAGUCCUUGGAGAACAUGGAAGAGGAAUUACUGAACACUUUGGAAUAAAUAUUGAUGAUAUAGAUCUUAUUAGUGCAAACAUGGAAAAUUCACUAGCUUCUAUUGGAGGAUUUUGCUGUGGAAGAUCUUUUAUUAUUGACCAUCAGCGAUUGUCUGGUCAAGGCUAUUGCUUUUCUGCAUCUCUACCUCCUUUGUUAGCUGCUGCUGCUAUAGAGGCUCUGAAUAUUAUGGAAGAUAAUCCAGACAUUUUUCAGACUCUCCGGGAUAAAUGUGAAAGAAUUCACAAAGCUUUACAGGGGAUUUCUGGUUUAAAAGUAGUGGGAGAAUCUUUUUCUCCAGCAUUACACUUGCAGUUGGAGGAGAGCUGUGGAUCUCGAGAAAAUGAUGUGAAGUUACUCAAAAGAGUUGUGGAUUAUUGCAUGAAUAGUGGUAUUGCGUUAACACAGGCUCGCUAUCUGGAGAAAGAAGAAAAAUGUCUUCCUCCACCCAGUAUUCGAGUAGUGGUAACAGUGGAACAAACAGAACAAGAACUGGACAAAGCUGCAUCACUUCUUAAGGAAGCUGCACAGUCUGUGUUGAAUUAGACUGCUGUUUUGGAGUUCUCUUUCCCCACAUUAUCAGGAUAAGGGUUUUACACUGUAUAGUGACUUCCAGAUUUUUCCACUGAUGGCAUUGAAAUCUGACUAACAAAAUUGUUCUAGAGUGGUAGAAAUUCAGUGAGGGGAAGAAUGCAGAAUUUUGAAAUUAGUGAAUGACACAGUGUUAUUCCAAUUCAAACUCUGUCAUUUACUAGCAUUACUUAAAAGGGGAUAUGACUAUUGCAUUCAUGACUCUUUCAUAAAUUUAAUAUAAAAAGUUUUAAGUUUAUUUUCUCCAACCCUUAGAUGUUCUCGAAGAUAUGAACAUUCAGUUUCCCCCCAAACCAUGUAAAAUGCAUUAUUUUCUCUGCAUUUUCUCAAAAUGUGGGAUCUUCAAAUAAGUUUCAAGGAAUUGAAAUCCCUCCCCACCUUCCAAAUGAAAAUACACUGUUCGUAAUACUGCCAAAAGGAAGAAAAUAACACAUUAAGAUAUAAUUUUGUGCUGCAUUAUGUCAUUUAUURUUGAAUUAUAGGAGGGAAGAACUUCAAUUCUUUUUGUACAUAUAUCUUUCUCUAACCAUUUUUGGCAGCUGGUUUCUAAAAAGAGCUGGCCAGAGAAUUCCUUUAUCUAAACAGUAAAUUCAUAUAAAAUACUGUUUGCUUCCUGCAUUCCAUAUGUAAUUGUAUCCAUGUUUGAUAUUAUGGGUGAGGUUUUUCAUAUUAUUAACUUUAAAAUAUCUAGAUUCAAACCUCUGAAUUGUGUAACCGGUGUAAUUCCAAUGUAGUAUGUUCAGUUAGGGGAGCUUUGUACCAGUCUUGAGGAGGAGUAAUAGGCAACAUGGAAAAUGAGCCAAGGUUUUGAAACAGCAACUAAACACUAGCUUAGUCAAACUACUUUUAAGCACUAAAAUUAUGUGUGCUUAGUUUUAUCUCUAAACAUCUGUACCUUAGAAGGGAAAACUCACAGAUAGAUAGUAAGAGUUUAGAUGGUACAAAUACUGCUGAAACACCACUAAAUCCGUGCACAUAAAAUUCCCAAGUAACUUGAUAGUAAUAUUUGGAGGUUGUGCUGUCAGGAUUUUAGGUAAGCACAGAUGGGCGUUACAUAUAUGAACACUUUACUUCAAUCAGGAAACUGGUAAGGAAGUAUGUACCUUUUUAUAAAACAAAAAAAUAUAGCUUUUUAUUUGGGGAUUUUGCUUUAAGAAUGCCUGUCUGAAAAUUCUCUUUUCUGCCUAAUAUGUGUUAUUUUGUACUUACGUGCCUUUUUGGUUGCUACUACAAGGGGAUAUUUUUGAGAAACAUCAUUGUUAAAUAAAGUUAAUCAUGUUUGAUUCAGGUUUUUACUUAUACAAUUGGAUUUUGUAGCAUGAUCAACCAUAUAUUGUUGAAUAUUCUGCUUUAAGUGAGCAUAAUCCAUGUUCAUAGAGACUUUCUGCACUGGCUUUCAAAACUUUUCAUCUGUGUAUAUUCAGAUAGAGCAUUUAUUUAAAGUUAUGUUGGAGCACUUUUGUGACUGUUGCUUGAUAUUUGAAAUAGUCAAAUCAUUUAUCUGUGCAAUGUAAAAAAACCUUCAUCUCAAUGUGAAAGAGUAUCCCUAUUUUACUGACAUUUAUGUUUUCUCUGUUGACUGUGAGUAAAAGCCAGCACGAAGCCAAUAAUUUAAAAGAGAAAAAAACGUGAGGAAUGAAACUGACUCCAAUUUUACAGACUGGAACUGAAGUGCAGAACAGUCACCUUGAAGACCCUCAAAGACUGCUAGAAAUGGAAAUGAAAUGUUCUUGCUCUACUUUGAGCUUUUGAGCCAUUUUUUGCUUGAUAAGUGAAACCUGCAUAUCUGAGUAAAGUUAAGCCUUUGAUGUAUAAACUUGGAACAAAUAAGGUACUUCGAUUCCAGUGCAGUAUAAUAAAUGGUUUUGGAAUUGAGAUGAACCUGGAAAGGUAAGCAAAUCACCACUGGCAUUGAAAUCCUAGGUUGCAGAAUCUAUGUUUAGUUCUCGCAUUUUAUUUUAGGUUGUCUGCAAAUGGGGUGGAAUUUUUGUUGUGCCUAGAGAACUAGCAAUUAUUUUUACAUAUGUGGAUUUGUGUUAUUUCUGUUCUUGGWUUGUUGGGUUUUUUUGCUUUUAAAUAAAGUGAUGACAACUAAAGUAGCAAGAAGCAGAGUGAAAUUUCUAGCAGUUUCAAAGCUGUAACUAAAUGGUUCUGAUGAAAUAAAAGUUCAAAAAUGUUGCUAAGA